AUGUUUAAAAAUUUCUUUAGAGCCCAAAAACCAAAAGUAAUCGUUAAAAGCAAUGUUCCCAAUAAAAAAACAAUCAAGAAAAUAUCUCGAGAAUAUCUUGAAGCGCAACAAGAAAUUGGAGAUGGAAAACAUCUAUUGUCAAUAAGUGACGAAGAAGUAAUACAAAUUUUAAACUAUGAGAAAGAAGAGACAUAUAGAAACAUAUCAAAUUCAAAUUUCAGGACAUCAAGAAAAAUUCUGAAGUCUUUUCUUCCAAAAGAAGAAUCGAUUAAAUGUUCCCACUGCAACAGGCGUAACAAAAAGCACAAACUUUGCCAAUGCAAAGAAAUUAAAAUAUUUUUAUUCAAUUACGGAAUAAACGACAUUGAUGCAAAAUAUAAUAAUAAUAAAGGGCAAAGAGAACAAGCAGGAAACAAAAAAGCUAAAAAAAUCGUUUUGUCGAAAGAAUCCCUAAAAACUUUGGAAAAGAUUAAGCUAAGACUAAACAACAUAAAAAUGUUUUAUCCAAAUGUUUAUGAGUGUGAAGAUAAUAUUUUAGAUCAGUGGGGGCGAAAUGGAAGCUUGAUCGACAUGAACCAAAAGCUGUUAAAUACUGAAGUUUUUUCUAUAGAAGCUUUGAUAUAA